AUGGACAAGCUGGCUGCGGAGGAGUUUUGCGUGAUAACUGAUAACAAUGGAGAAUGGAAAAGGGGCUUCAUGAUCCCCACCAGUUCGAGAAAUGCAGCUGAAACAGAGCUCCUAGCAAUAUUCCAUGGGUUAGAAUGGGCUUGGAAAAGAGGUCUUAGAAGGCUUGAAGUUCAAUGUGAUUCUGAGGAUGCCAUCAACUGGAUUAGAGGCGUGACAACUACCAAUGACCCUAUGCUCAACUAUGUUGACAAGUGCAAGAGGUUACUUACUAAACAGUGGGAUGUCAGGCUGCUUCAUGUUUUGAGGGAGAAAAAUAUGGCUGCCGACGCUAUGACAAAGGAGGCUAGAGCUUACAUGGGAACGUUUGGUGACAUUCAAAUUCCACCGACGAGCGUUGUCCACAGAAUCGAAGAAGAUUGUAUUGGCCGCACCUGGCAAAGAUGGUCUAUUGAGAGGAACUCUUAA